CAUGUCCAAGCCCAGCGACCACAUCAAGCGCCCCAUGAACGCCUUCAUGGUGUGGUCCCGCGGCCAACGGCGCAAGAUGGCCCAGGAGAACCCCAAAAUGCACAACUCGGAGAUUAGCAAGCGGCUGGGCGCGGAGUGGAAGUUGCUCUCCGAGGCGGAGAAGCGCCCGUACAUCGACGAGGCCAAGCGGCUGCGGGCGCAGCACAUGAAGGAGCAUCCCGACUACAAGUACCGACCCCGGCGCAAGCCCAAGAACCUGCUGAAAAAGGACAGGUAUGUCUUCCCUUUGCCUUACCUCGGGGAAACAGAUCCCUUAAAGGCCGCCGGGCUUCCCGUGGGGGCCACUGACUCGCUGCUGAGCUCCCCGGAGAAGGCCAGGGCUUUCCUGCCUCCCACCUCAGCACCUUACUCCUUACUUGACCCCAGCCAGUUCAGCUCCAGCGCCAUUCAGAAGAUGACUGAGGUUCCUCACACCUUAGCCACCAGCACCCUGCCCUACGCCUCCACCUUGGGAUACCAGAACGGGGCGUUCGGCAGCUUGAGCUGCCCCAGCCAACACACCCACACUCACCCCUCGCCAACUAACCCGGGCUAUGUCGUGCCAUGUAACUGUACCGCUUGGUCGGCUUCCAGUUUGCAACCUCCAGUUGCCUACAUAUUAUUCCCAGGCAUGACCAAGACUGGGAUAGACCCCUAUUCUUCAGCACACGCGACUGCCAUGUAACA